AUGUCUUGUUGCAUUCGCUCACCACAUUCUGUUGCAAACACCACUUUUGAAGUACCGAAGAAUGAGUUGGAAAAAUAUAAAUGGGAGGAGGCUUUAGGCAUGAAAUUAAAAAAAAGCCAUCGCGUAUGUGCUUCUCAUUUUAAUGAAUGCGACAUAAUAAGCUGUUGGAAUUCUGGUUUGAAUCAUUAUUCGUUUGUAAUCAAAGACAAUAUUAUUAUUAUAACUGAGUCCGGUACUAUGUCACAAGAACGUCUUGAUUCACUGAUGUUAAUUUUUAUCAAGAAAAAAAUGGCAUCAGAAAUCAAUAUUGAAGAAGUAAUAGAUGAAUUCAAAACAUGUGUGCCGAUAAAAAGAAGACUUGAACUUUAG